CUUGCUGCUGCUAACCGCCGCCAACUCUGGUUGGCUCGUGCGUCGCCGUUUGCCUUGAAGAGAGCCUCGAGACGACUUCGACACUCUUCAACUUCACCACCACCACCUCAACAGUCUUUUUUCAAUUCAGCGCGAUACAGUGUAUGUAACUGCUGUGAAGGGCACCAUCUUUGUUCUGAAGGCGGCUGUAAAGUUUAGUGCUUCGCAGAGUCCACGCACCGCGUUGAAAGUCACCACGAGGGGCGCUAUUUCUCCCAAACUUCACUUUUGCAUCACAACAUCAACAUAGAUCGAUCGAGUCGCACAGAUUUUGCAAAGCCCUCUUGGGCAUCAUGGCAACACCUAGGACGUCGUUGUUGGAGUCAAUCUUCCAUCAUGUCACACUACCUCCCAAGCUCCCUGACCGGCAAGAAGGCGGACUUGAUACCAUCCAAAAUUUGCUCACUGAGCGCCUUUUGAAUGCUACGAUUGCCCUCAGAGAUGAGACAUAUGAGCGAUAUGGCCCUGGGCUGGAUGAUGUUCGCCGCGUUAUCUUGACUUCCAAGAUAGUAAAUGCAGGCGGGAAGUUAGAUCCAGCGACUCUCGUGGAAGCCUUCCGCGAACUUCAGGGGAACGGCCUUAUUAUCAUUCAUGUCUCUGAGCAGAAUGCUGCUCUCCUUGUACGAAGGGUUAUAGAGUGAGUUACUUCACCUAUUUCAGAUGCGUAUCGUAUUUGAACUAACUUCGACUUCACGCAGUGCCAAUGGAGUUGCUAUUCUCUUUGAAUCCUUCGAGGCAUCACCGUUAUCUGAAGAUGCUUUGGCCAGUAAGAAUGCUCUUGUGUGGAACUUCCCGGGCGCGUCUGUCUCAAUCCCCAUUGCCACCUUCAAUGACCCCUCAUUCCAAACAUCAUUGGCCGAUUUCCUUGCUCAAGCCAGCAAAGAGUCAAUCAAGCGCUUUGCAGCCAGGACGACUAAAGCUGGCAACUUUGUGGCUGAAAACCGUGACACCGUUGCACCAGUGCUUAUCACUACAGCUUUUAUGACAAUUUUGGAGGCGAAUGGUACUCGGUACUAUCCCACCAUUCUCACGAAGCGGGUUCGUGACGAUGUUUGCUGGUCUGAAGGAGAGAAGCCUUGGCGCCGAAGCCCUCUAUGGCUAAUUCUAAGAGUUGCUAUUACGAGACAACUUUGCACAAUAUUUGGUGGCGAGGUUGGUAAGUUCACUGCAUGACCUCUCAAAUGCAAGCUAACAAGCGGUCAACUGACUUUAUCUUCUUGAUACAGGUAGAGCGCUGUACAAAUUUAUUAUUUGCCAAUUCCUUUCCACUCUCCUUAGUCAAUCAACUACGUUGGAAUCUGCAUUGCUGUCACACUUGAAGACCAAGCUGUGCCGUCGACUCGCCAAACUCGAGACUGACAGACAAAAUGCAAGUGCAAAAGUCCAGGAGACAUACGACUAUUUGUUCAACAAGCUGGAGUCAAAGUUUAGCGGAGUUGUGAAGAAGACGUCCGAAAGUAUUGAAAGAGAAUGGGCAAGCUGGAAAGCAAACACAAAACGUCCGGUUCUUGAUUUGCCUCGUCAUGCUCACCCUAGGCAUCAGUAUUUGACACUGCCAAACAGUGGUCAAUACAUUCAGAUGGUUCUUAGCGAAGCCGCACAGAACUCGCGAAAGGGCUAUUUCUCCACAAAUGCCAAUCACACACCCUCUACAUUCGAAUUCUCUUCUGCCGCUACACGCCAAGCUCAUGUUUUCGCUUCGAAAUACUUCAAACUUGCUGAAAUAGAGUCGAUCAUCAACAGCGUCAUUAUGGAGGGCUCUAACGAACCUGAUUCGGAGACACAAUGCAUCCAGGCAGCAACCCUCAUCAGAACGUAUAUGGAUCAAGUAGCAGACGCCUACGAUGGCUACAGUGAGAAGAGCGUAAUGCUACUGUUACUCCUGGAGCUUUGGGUGCAUAUGGAUAAGCACUGCAUCAGAACUAUCGAAUUGCUGAAGGAUUACCACCCUAUGUUUCCGUCACACAUCUGUAAGUUUAGAAUUUCAACGGCCAACCCCAAUACCUUCAAGCUGACGUGCCCAUCUUUCAGUGGAUGUUCUACAAUUACUAACUCUCCGAGAUCUAAAGCGCAUUCAGAACGUGCGAACGUACCUUGAGGACCGACACAAAAAGGCUCAAACACAUAUGUCCAUCUUCACAGAUCCCGUGAAAGGGUGCUUCGCCGAACGAUAUUUUGAUUCAGCUUCUGGCGAAGAACUUCAGGAGUUAUACAAUAAAAUCAUGAGAGCAGCAGAGACAAAUCGUGAACAAAAGAAGGAUGAAUGGGAAAGAAAAUGCCAAGAAUUCGAGGCUCUGACCAAGUUAAUAUCCGAAAGUUCCUGCAUUUUCCAUGAAGACGAGUAUAGACGUGUUCAUUCGAAGGAUUGUAAAAAAUGUUAUCUUGAGCGCUGCGCGGCACGCUUCAAAAUCAACUCUCAUGAAGACCCGUUAUCAUCCGAUUUGACCAACGCGAAGGCCACGGUUUUCGAGUUGGCUUGCCCGAAAGCUUUCAUUGCAUACCGGGAGAGCACUUGGAAAAUUAUCAGUACUCUAGCCUUUCAAGAGCCCGUCUUUGAACAGGAACCGAAGAUAAGAAUAUCAGAUUACAGCGAGCUUCAGCCAUUCAAAAGAUCGCUGGGGACACGCAUUUCUCUUGCCUCAUACACUAAAUCCUUUCUAAUCACGCACUACGCAUCCUCUAGAUUUCCUGUUGAUUUGUGUGAUAUACUUCUCACAAAUGGUCUGAAGCUACGAUUGUAUGAUAGUAGCACGCACACCUGGAUCGGGCAAAUAACACAAAGACUGACUUUUGCCCACCACUGCACACUUGUGGUACCCGAUCAUUCGCCCUUCUCGGCUUUCCUUUCAACAGUCGAUUUCGCGGAGGAUUCCCAGGGUCCAUCGUCUUACUCUGUCAUUUCUAGCCAAACAAAGUGUCCUUCCGGACUCAACAUACACGAGUUUCUUGCUAUUCAAGCCCUCCUUUCUUGCACAAACCUCCGGUGGCUUCAGAUUUGCCGCGAACUAGGGUCUGCGAAUAUAAAUCUGAGCACCGAAGUUGCUGCGAUUGUUAUUUCUCACCUAGCUUUGAAGGCGGGACCAGCACACACCUCUUCUCAUCCUCUGGGUGCCGCACAUAUCGUCUUUCAAGAUCUUUCGUUCUGCAAGAGAUUACUAUACCAGCUCGGCGAACGCUUAGAAGGUAUUAACGCUAAUUAUCGCGAGAUUUUUUGCAUGGAAUGUUUGGUCACUUUGAUUCUUAGACUGGCUUCGCUUGGCACGACAGUGUUCAACGAGGCAUUCGACUUGCUUCUGAGAGUCCGUUCAAUCACACUCAAAUGGAUGAAGAGCCUUCGAGCAGAGAUUCAUGCUGCUACCAGUGUUGAGACUUCGAGAAAUCUGUCAAGAUACGCCUUGUGGGCCGCAAUACUGUGCCGAAGAACCUUUGCCAUAUACGUCGAAUCUCAAUAUCCAGACGCCGAUGCAAUGUCUUGUUUUGUCUUUAGCUCAAUCACAUUUCAAGAUAAUCUUGUGUCAGAUCCACAAGGGUUGCCUCGAAUUCUGAAAAACGCCUUAAUUCGGGAUUUCAAAAAUGCUUAUCGCUUGAAAAUUAUUCUUCGAUCAGCUCUGCAAGGCGAUCCCACCUGCUUGAUUACAGCAUUCUCCGCCAUCCUCCCUAACUUCAUUGUAGAGCCACAGAAGAGUUCUUUUGAGUCAGAUUGCGCAAAACAACCAAGCGAGGCUUUCUAUGACAGCGAUGGUAACCCAGGAACAGAAUAUUCUGCAUUUACUGUCAAGUUUCUGCUCGCUCAGCAUUCUGAUAAGUGGUGGAUUGAGCUCAAGACGAAAGCAACGUCUGUUUCAUUUUCUCAAACCAUUCAUUUCCACCUAUUGGAAGGUUACUUUCUUGUUGGUGGUAAACCCAUUAAUAAACUACCAGCAUCUUAUAGGAAUUCCGUCGUUCUAGAGGAGUUGUUUGGGAACGAGAGCUUACUAACUUACCCCUCCAACCUACCCGGAAUGGAAGUAAGUUUUAUGAAAUUUCAAAGAAAAAAGCAAUUCUGACACUGAGAUCUCACAGUACAUGCUGGCCGUCAACAAAAGAGGACACCAAAUACAUCUUGGUUCUCGUCAAGGAACCAUUUUUGUCAAGGCUCUGGUAUUCAAUCGGGUUUUAGAGCAUAUACCUCGUGGCGUAUUUCGUAGCUCCAAAAGUUUCGACUUGCCCUAUAAUCUCAUAGACGAUUGCAUUCACUGGCUUGAUACAGCCACGGGUCGUAUUGAAAUUCGCCCAAAUACAAAUAUCUGGAAGUACAAACCGAGUAACUGGAUUAUUGAAUUUCAUCAACGAAAAGCAUAUCGUCGCCAAUCACAGCUGCUCGACCCUCAGAGUCCUUUAUUCCAACGCGUGGCCCGCCUGUUCCGAUACUUUGAGUAUCAAUCGCACUUGACGGUGUACCAGCCAGAGAAGGGAACCCUGUCAGUCGAAUUACGUCGUCUAGAAUUGUCAUUUUCGGUUAACAAGAGAGGCCUUCUUGAGUCUCGCCAGCUGCGUUCAGAAUUUGACCCCGAUCAGGAUCCAGGAACUUGGUACGGGUUAAUGAGCGCAAUCGUUCUGCGGGGGGUAACUGCGGGCUGGGACAACAUUCCACUUAAAACACGCAGCAUAAUUGUUCCCAUACCACCUGUUGUAACUGAAGAUACAGAUAAAUUUUCAAUGACAUACAAAAGACACGAGGUUCAUGUAAGUCUUUUUGUCAUCAACAAUGGCACUUACGGGAGGUAUACGAUAAACUCUACUCUUGGACGCCUCGACUGCCCUGCAGAGCCCCGUCUUCUUUACAUCAUGGCCCAAUUUCAUGCUUUCUCGUCAUACAUCGUUCCAGAUCCUCUGUAAGUAUUUGACGUACACCAUACGAAGGGGGACGUGGGAAUUUGUGAUAUCAAUUCCCCAUCGGUUCUUCGCCAACAAACUAACACCAAGUCAAUCAAGCAAAUGGCCUCUGGGGAGAUAAAGACCUCAAGUAGAAGUCUCUAUACUCCUCAUUAGGUAUUUGGGUGUUUCUUUCGUCUUAUUUUUGCUCCCUUUAGAAAAUCCUCUUCCAGAAAUAGACUAACGUACAUUUUACAGAACAGGCAGAACCGGUACAGAGCAAGCCAUUCAUUUGUUGAAAUCGGGAAUUUGUCAGCCAUGGGGCCCGCUUACCAUACCACAAGCUUUUAGUCUGUCCUGUAUUGCUUCUCUUACGCCUGCGCGAGUUUAUUAUCCAUCUGGCAUGAAGGUAAUGUCACGAACAAAAUGGUUAGAUGGUCUUACCACCACAAUCCAACAUGAUGCUUUCGCUGAAAUCGUUGCCGCCCUGUAUGCCAAGUCCGAGCAAUUAGCUACAUUUGCUGUUGAGAAAAAUGAAUUCCCCCCUUUGGAUUCUGACGACGGGGAACCUCACCUCGUCUCGAGAAGUUUCUAUAGACGCCAAAGUUACCAGCGCCUCGAGAUUUACGGAAAUAUACAGCCACAAGGAGACAUACACUACACCCCAAGAGAUGGUUGGCGACAGAGAACAGAUAGUCUCGCAUCCUUUGAAACAAAUGCUUCUACGGUUGCCCGAUCGAAUGUGUUCGAAUGUGUGACUCUAUUGCGUACUUGGCCUGCUCGGAUGUCGACAGAAAAGAGUCUUGUCAAAAUUCUCCAGGAUUGGUCAGACUUUGGCGGUUAUAACGAACCUUUUGAUAGGAUUCUUCUCAGUGAUCUCUUGAACAUGGACUUCAAGGUCCAAUGGGGGCCCUUGGUACAGCUGUGUCGAACAAUGGGCAAGAAUGACUUGUAUAAAUUGAUGUUUCUUCUCGGGACAAUUUCUUUCAGGGUUGAUGUCAACAUGAAUAUCGUGCGAGCUCUCAUCGCGUUUGUCGUGUAUGGGGACCUUAAGAACCUCGCGCCUCCGCGCUGGUCAACAUACUCAAAGUUUCGGCAGCAUCAGACUCCACGGAUCGAAUAUCUUCUUCAACUCCUCCGACCUUGCCUUGUACCUUACGGAGAAGAUGAGAGAUCGACUGUGGAAUUUCAACUAAGCGCAAAGUAUAGGCGAAGGCUUGUAAUGGCUCAAAGUAAAUACGAGGAAGAACAACAGCAGUAUGCAACACGACUUGCGGAACACAUCUACAACCAGUGGCCAUGCGCUGAGCCCAGUAUGGAAGGGUUUUCUGCGACUACUGGUAUAGACGUAGCACGAGCCUUGGAGAUAAUUCGCCCCGAAUGGCUGCGGCUGUUUCAGAAUUUCGAGCUCUGCGGGUAUAUUGCUCUCGUACAGAAUGUCUUGGAUAGACAUGAAACAGACGAAAAAGUAGAAUUUCCAAAGUAUGAAUUCCCAGAGCAAUUGGUUUUCCCUGAAAGAAUCCGUGGCGGUGAGUUUCCAACGCUGGCUCAACUUUUUGGGAAAAAGGGACCGGGAAAGUUUCAGGCGAAGUACACCAACGAUGCCGUUGGUACGAAAGACUCGGUACCUACCCGUGACACGAAAAGACAAGGUGCACUAACCUCAAUCAUGCCCAUAGAAGCACAAGAGCUGCUGAAGGUAGUCAAGCAGUUUAUUCAUUCGAAAUCUAUUGUUCGUCAGACUUAUGGAAAGGAUCUGAUGCAAAGUCUGGAAGCUCUUGCAACUGUCAGCAAAGUCUCCAAAGAGAAGGAAUUAAUGCAUCCUAUCAUACUUGAAAAAUCUCUAUCAAUAGCAAGACAAUCUACCAUCCAGGCUUUCGCCCAGCUGCGGUCAGCUUUCGAUUCACAUGAUCCUCGCGUGCGGUGGCUUCAAGGAGGUGGUAUAUGGCCAAGUACCACCACUGUUACUCUUCUGGAGCACUUAAGAUCUUCCGUUCCGAUUUCUGUGUUUGGGAAUGGCAUGAGAGAAGCGUUGGUCGCCUAUGCGUUAUCCAUUACGAACUUGCAGCGUUUGAUUCGCAUAGAAGAGGCAAUUAUGAACGGGUCGAGACCAAAAGCGCUCGAAGAGCAAGAAAAUAUCGGCCACGAGAAUUGGAAUCCCUCCGAACGUUCUGAUUGGCUUCUACUCGAGAUUGAUGCGAAUAUUUUGAUUCGACCUGGACAAGUUGAUGUCGCCCUUGCAACGAUAGCUCCUGCCUCUGGAGCAAAUUCGGUUCUUCAAAUGAACUGCGGUCAAGGUUAGUUUUGUUUCUUUUGCAUACUCUGUUUACCCAGAUCUGUAGGACGACUGUAAUAAUUGUACUAAAAUUUUCGGUCAACUACUUUCGUCAUCCUAAUUGAUCGGGGUAUCUAAAUACCCAACUUGCGAUAAUAGCAUGGAUAUUUGCUGCCACUUUUCGUGCUCAGCGCGUACCAUAUAUCUUGGGAUAAAUUGGACAAUUUAUUCCAGAGCUAGUACAAAAACAUUUCCUCGAGGUUUUCGCUGAGCAAUGCACAGUCCUCGCGCAAAGACACACCGAAAUUGAUAUAUUACUUUAUUUAAAUGAUUCGAAGUUCCCAGCUAACGAAGAUUACAGGCAAAACAUCCUGUAUUAUGCCUAUGUCUGCCGCCGUGCUAGCAGAUGGAGAAAACCUUCUACGGGUAAUCGUACCAAAACCUCUCCUUUUGCAAUCGGCCCAGACUCUGCAAGCCACCUUGGGUAGACUUCUGGGGCGGCGCAUCACCCAUGUCCCCUUCUCCAGAAGAACCGCUACUAAUUCAAAGGUCAUCAAAACAUAUUUCGACAUCCAUAAAGAGAUCCUAAAGGAUUCUGGGUGUAUUGUUGCGCUUCCAGAAAAUAUGAUGUCUUUCAGACUAACUGGUUUGCAAAAGCUCUCAGACGGCAACGUGCCUGAAGCAACCAGCAUGAUCAAGGUCCAAAAUUGGUUGAAUUCAAAGGCGAGAGAUGUCAUGGAUGAGGUUGAUUAUAUUCUUGCGAUCAGAACUCAACUUAUCUUCCCUAGUGGAACCCAGAAAUCAGUAGAUGGCCACCCUUUCCGAUGGGAGAUCAUCGAAGCAGUUCUGAAACAGGUCGACUUACACCUCUACAGUCUGCAGAAAGCUUUCCCACAAUCUAUUGAAGUGGUUCGACGAGCCCAAGGAGGCUUUCCGGUCGUCUUCUUUCUUAGGAACGAUGUAGAAACCGAAUUAAUUUCCAAAAUCGUUGAGGACGUCUUCCGAGGCAGAUGCUCUAUAUUACCCGACGAUUGUUCCAAAUCAGACCGGCUUGCAAUUAAGAAAUUCAUCUCGGAGCCUAAACCCUCAACUCAAGUUCUCAAGCACAUUCAGCAGAUGCUACCCAACAAACCUGCUGUCAAACAAAUUGUACAUCUUUUGCGCGGCAUUCUGGUACACAGAAUCUUGUUGAUGACCCUCAAGAAGCGGUGGAAUGUUCAGUAUGGGCUUGCCCCUGACCGCGAUCCAAUCGCUGUCCCAUACCAAGCCAAAGGAACGCCCUCUUCGCAGGCUGAGUGGGGACACCCGGAUGUUUCCAUACUAUUCACAUGUCUGUCAUUCUACUAUGAUGGAUUGAACGUUUCUCAGCUGCGCCAAACUCUCGAGCACGUUCUUAAAUCAGAUGAUCCUUCACAAGUUUAUGACGGUUUAUCGCAAGAGUCCUCAUUGCCGGAUUCUCUGAGAGACUGGAGCUGUGUUAAUGUCGAUGACGAGGCACAGAUACAUGAGAUACACCCGCAUUUCAAGUAUCAUGUUAUUGUUAUCGACUAUUUUCUCAAUAACUUUGUCUUUCCCAGACACGCCAAGCAGUUUCAGCUCAAAAAACAAGCUUCUGGGUGGGAUAUACCUUUGCUGUCUUCGCUAACCUCCAUUGGUGUUGGUACUAAAGCAAUGCCAACAUCCAGUAGGAUUCCUCUAACGACUGGAUUCAGCGGUACCAAUGAUUCAAAGCGAAUGUUACCCUUAACAAUCAAGCAGCAAGAUCUUCCUCGGUUAGCCCAUACGAACGCCGAAGUGUUGACAUAUUUACUCAAGCCAAGGAAUCGCCGUAAGCAACCAUGUUUCUUCUGUCCAAACAUCUUUAUACUCUAUUCAUUGUCCUCAGGCCAUUAGGACAGCUCGCUGAAGAUUAUGAGCCCCUUUUUCUCAGCGCUCUUACGGCCAAGUCAUAGUAGUGCUCGGAUUCGGCUGACUUUUGCCAUUUUAGGAUACGUGCUCGCCGCUGAUUACAACGGCAAACGACUAUCGGAAAUAGGGCUGCUCGACAGACUUAACAGAUACAAAAUCCAUACUUUUAUUGAUGCAGGGGCCCAGAUUCUUGAGAUGGACAACUCUACCCUCGCAAAAACCUGGCUGGCAAUGAGUGACGCUUUGGCAUGUGUGUUUUUCAACAAAGACAACAAGCCAUUCGUACUGUACCGUCAAGGUCACCAAGUCCCGCUUCUGGCAACUCCAUACGCCGAUGACCUUACUGAUUGCCUUGUCUACCUCGAUGAAGCUCAUACUCGCGGUACUGAUCUAAAGUUCCCAGCGAAUGCCGUUGCUGCUCUGACCUUAGGACUGGGGCAAACCAAAGACUCUACGGUACAGGCUGCUAUGCGACUUAGACAACUAGGAACCACGCAAUCUGUUGUGAUAUUUUCGCCGCCUGAGGUGCAUCAAAGCAUUCUUGAUCUCCGUAAGAAAAGAUCCGGCGAACACAUCGACUCAUAUGAUGCUGUUUGCUGGUUGCUAGAACAGACAUGUUGCGGCAUUGAACAACUACAGCCAUUGUACUUUUCCCAGGGCUUAGACUUCUGUCGCCGGGCGCAAUGCGCGUUAGAUAAUCCAGACUUUCUCGUUGAUCGUGACCAACGGGAACAGUUUCUCAAGGGUAUCAGACAAUUUGAACAGCAAACCCUGGAACAACUUUAUGGAGUUAAGGUCAAGUCCAAAACCGCUACCACUCUUGGGACGUUCUCUCCCGACUUGGCUGUUUUUGUAAAGGAACUCAACAAACAACGCAAAGGAUUUCAAGAUACCGGAAGCGCCGUAAAUGGCACUGCGUUGCAGGAGGUGGAGCAAGAGAGAGAAGUUGCCAUUGAGGUGCAGGUGGAGAAUGUCCGCGAAGUUCAACAAGCCCACUACCAGCCACUUGGCUUUCCGGGACUGCAUCGUGAUAUUCUUGUAUUUGCGAAGACUGGCCGUCUUGCCGCUGACUCAACCGCCUUCAUUCCCGCUUUCAUGGCUCUUCGACAGACCAAUCUAGGUCGAAAACACGGUAUUGCAAGUUCUGCCAAUAUCAGCAAGCUCUUCGUGUCAGUCGAGUUUACAAAAACUGUCAAAUUCCCAACUGUUAGGACGUACGAUCAUUUUCAAGUGAGUAAACUCUCACCACUUAACAUCAUAAACCAAGCUAACCAAUGCCUUAGCGGAGUGUCAAUUGGGUCCUAUGGAGUCCCAUCAACGAAAUCGCCAUGGUCAUCAUCCCCGAAGAAGCUGAACGCUUGUUGCCAUUACUGCGCGAAAUUAAUCCUGCUCCCACACAUCUUCUAACUUAUGCGGCCCCAGUCACUCGAAAGAUGAUGAUUUUCAAUGACAUGACGUAUUAUUCUGUUCCAGCCAUGCCUGAGGGAUGGAAAGCACCAAUGUGGCUCAAGAUUGAACUUGGGAUUUUUGCAGGGCGCCUGUACUUUCAGUAUUCAGACUAUGAGGAGUUGUGCAAGUAUCUUGGAGCUCAUGAACGUGCCCAGGAGAUGGAUGAUGAUGAUGACUCCUUGCUUUUGGAGCAGCCUGAUACAUGCGCCGAUGAUCCAGAGGGAGAAUACAUCGAGCGAGCCGAACCCGUCAAGAAAGAGAAUGAGCCAAAGACCUUCACCAAGAAGCCUCUUGUAUUCAUGCAAGAGUGGUUGGCAAUUCGAAGAAAGGGACAGGAUUUCACUCACACGCCCAUGGUAAGCCAAUCUUCUUCCACGAAAUGCCCGUAGUUCACAUGCUAACGUUCUCACAGGGUCAACUCUGUCAAGGCAAAGCACUCAAGGAAGACCAUCCAUUCUUUAGCAUGCCCGAAGCUCCCAAGAAGAAAGAUGCACUUCCCAGAGGCUUCCAAGCAACACGCAUCGCCGACGAGGAGGAGGACGAUGAUGUUGACGAGUUUGUUGGUGACGAUGGGUACGGAGCGGAGCUUGGAGCGGAUGAAAAGGAUGACUUCGAUGAUGCGCAGUUGUCGGAUGUUUCGGAUGAUCCGGACACUGAUUCUUCGUAGAGCUUGAGGAUGUUGGCUAGAUGGUGUAGCUCUGGUUGGCAUUUACAUUUGCAGUGUGUAGGAUUAUUGCUUCCAGAUUGCUGAAUAAGAAGUGUGUUAGAUUAAGACCCGACCUGCUCUUUCUUGCUUUUCGUGUAUG